AUAUAUAUAUAUGCUGAGCUGAAAGCACUGUUGGAAUAACAUGGAACCAUUCAAAGGCAGAGUUUGUGUGACGGGUGCAUCUGGAUUUCUUGCUUCUUGGUUAAUUAAGCGCCUCCUGUUGUCUGGCUAUUAUGUUAUUGGAACUGUCAGAGACACUGGAAAUGAUACGAAAUUGGCACAUCUAUGGAGGCUGGAAGGAGCGAAGGAAAGACUUACAUUGAUGAGGGCUGAUUUAAUGGAGGACGGAAGCUUUGACGACGCCGUUAAGGGAUGCGCCGGUGUCUUCCACACUGCCUCGCCCGUACUAAGCCGACCGGUGUCCGAUCCAAAGGCUGAAAUCCUGAGACCUGCAAUUGAGGGCACCUUGAACGUCCUGCGUUCAUGCAAGAAGAAUCCAUCGCUAAGGCGCGUGGUUCUGACUUCAUCUUCCUCAGCAGUUAGGGCAAGAGACGAUUUCGACCCUAACGUGCCCUUGGAAGAGUCCUGUUGGAGCUCUGUCGAACUCUGCGAAAGAUUCCAGAUCUGGUAUGCGUUAUCGAAAACCCUAGCGGAGAAGGCGGCAUGGGAGUUCUGCGAGGAGAGCAAGAUCGACCUGGUGACGGUUCUCCCCUCCUUCGUCGUCGGACCUAGUUUAUCGCCGGAUUUGUGUACUACUGCUUCCGACGUCCUCGGCUUACUUCAAGGGAAGACGGAGAGGUUUGAGUGGCACGGAAGGAUGGGGUACGUGCACGUCGAUGAUGUAGCUCUCUGCCAUGUGCUUGUUUACGAGCACAAGGACGCCCAUGGAAGGUUCCUUUGCAGCUCUGUUGUUCUGGACAACAAUGAGCUUGUUUCCAUGCUGUCUGCACGCUAUCCGACAUUGUCCAUCCCAAAGAGGUUUAAGGCAUUGGAUAGGCCAUACUAUGAGCUGAACGUCUCCAAGCUAACAAGUAUAGGGUUCAAGUUCAGGUCUGUGGAAGAGAUGUUCGAUGACUGCGUUGCAUCUUUGAUGGCGCAAGGACACCUUAGUCCAGUCUAG